ACGCGGCUCGACCAUUGGAGGCCGCGGGCUGGCCCGGCUCGUUAGCUCGGUGAAGGUGAGAGUCUCCUCCGGUCACUGAGCGCAGAUCCCACCGAGGUGCUCCCGGAGCGGCGCUGUAAACUCGGAGGAUUCCUGCUCUGUAGCUAUGGCUCCUCCUUCAGUUUUUGCGGAGGUUCCGCAGGCCCAGCCGGUCUUGGUCUUCAAGCUCAUUGCCGACUUCCGGGAGGAUCCUGACCCCCGCAAGGUCAAUCUGGGAGUGGGAGCUUACCGAACAGACGAUUCCCAGCCCUGGGUUUUACCCGUUGUGAGAAAGGUGGAGCAGAAGAUUGCUAAUGACAGUAGUCUCAACCAUGAGUAUCUGCCCAUCCUGGGGCUGGCAGAGUUCCGGACCUGUGCUUCUCGCCUUGCCCUUGGGGAUCACAGCCCAGCUCUCAAGGAGAAGCGGGUAGGAGGUGUGCAGUCUUUGGGAGGAACAGGUGCACUGCGCAUUGGAGCCGAGUUCUUAGCCCAGUGGUACAAUGGAACAAACAAUAAGGACACACCCGUCUAUGUGUCCUCACCGACCUGGGAGAACCAUAAUGGUGUAUUUACUACUGCGGGUUUUAAAGACAUUCGAACCUAUCACUAUUGGGAUGCAGAGAAGAGAGGACUUGACCUCCAGGGUUUCCUGAAUGAUCUAGAGAACGCUCCAGAAUUCUCCAUCGUUGUCCUCCAUGCCUGUGCACACAAUCCAACCGGAACUGACCCAACUCCAGAGCAGUGGAAGCAGAUUGCUUCCGUCAUGAAGCGCCGGUUUCUUUUCCCCUUCUUUGACUCAGCCUAUCAGGGCUUUGCAUCUGGAGACCUUGAGAAAGAUGCCUGGGCCAUUCGCUAUUUUGUGUCUGAAGGCUUUGAGCUCUUCUGUGCCCAGUCCUUCUCCAAGAACUUCGGGCUCUACAAUGAGAGAGUGGGGAAUCUGACCGUGGUUGGAAAAGAAUCUGACAGCAUCCUGCGGGUCCUUUCUCAGAUGGAGAAGAUUGUGCGAGUUACUUGGUCCAAUCCUCCUGCCCACGGAGGACGAAUUGUGGCCUCUACUCUGUCUGACCCUGAGCUCUUUAAGGAAUGGACAGGUAAUGUGAAGACAAUGGCUGACCGAAUUCUGACCAUGCGAUCUGAACUCAGGGCACGAUUAGAAGCCCUCAAGACCCCUGGGACAUGGACUCAUAUCACUGAGCAGAUUGGCAUGUUCAGCUUCACUGGCUUGAACCCCAAGCAGGUUGAGUAUCUGAUCAACGAAAAGCACAUCUAUCUUCUGCCAAGUGGUCGGAUCAACAUGUGCGGUUUAACCACCAAAAAUCUAGAUUAUGUGGCUACGUCCAUCUAUGAGGCAGUCACCAAAAUCCAGUGAAGAAACACUGUCCAGUCUGCACCACCAAAGUAUUCUGUGUCACAUGUGUCCCUGCCUGCACAAACUUAGCUGUACAUAUCGGGAAUUAGAGCUGACGGGAGGGCUUCCACGCUGCCCUGGGGAAGUGGCCUCCAACUCAACUGCCCACGUGAGGAGAACAUACGUGACAAGAACUGGGGGUCAGGGCUUAGAGCCUUUUGGAGACCAGAACAAAUUAAGGUUUUUAUUUAAGAAUAAAUAAUCUUUGAUCGUACGAUGUAGAUUCUUUGCUAGAAGCAGGAGUGCUGCCCAUGUUGCUGAUGGGUUCUGCAUGUUGCUUGACUCUACAAAGUCUAGUCCAAAGGCCAAGUUGACUGAAGGAACCACUGUGACUGUGGAUGUUGUGUGGCAUUAAAAAAUCGUCAUCGUU